GUGGGAACAUAUUUUAGACACCCAGAUUUGAGUCCCUUUCCUCUGUCUCUCUCUCACACACACAGAACCUCACCUCCUCACUUCACUAAAGUCCGUCACCACCGUUGCUCACGUCCGUCGCACAUCGCCGCCGCAAAUCUCCAUGGCCACCGCCGCAAUACGAUCAAGUUCUUUCUAUUUCUUCCCUCUCUCUUUUGCUCUCUCUCUCGCUCUCACUCGCUCACUCUCUGUCUCUCUCGCUCUCACUCUCAGUCGCUCGCUCUUUAUCUCUCUUUUGCUCGCUUGCGAGUCUUUGUCUCUGUCUCUCUCUCCCUUCCUCUAUUUUCCCAUUUCUCGCUCUUGCUUUAGGGUUUUGCAUGAUUUACCAAGUCUAAUUUCGUGUUGAUUUCUGAAAUGGGUUUGGUUUAGGUGGUUUGAUUUCUAGGGUUUUAUGGGUUUGAUGUGGUAAAUAGGUUUGAUUUAAGUGGUUUGAUACCUUUUCCCCUUCCUUUCUCUCUCAUUAGGCUCAAAUCCCUAAUCCGACUCAUUGUGUAUGUAUUUCCAUGUAUGGUUGCUCGUUAGUUUCAAAUUGUAGUACAGAAAAACAUCCAGCCAAGAGAUCAGUUGAAAACAACUCUGAUGAUAAGGCUGGAGGUGACAGAACUUCACCUGGUGCUGGAGAAGAUCAUACCAGGGAUGUCAAAAGACAAAAGAAACUGAAGGAUAGGUUGUUUCAUAUGGCUGUGAAAAUUAAUGGUUGCACUCAACCAUAUGUAGCAGUUUCAAAAUUGAAAUCAAAAUUUGAAAAUCUCUCUGGUGCGAAGGCACCUACAAUUUCAGAUUUAUGCGAUGCAAAUAGAAGUAUUUGUGCCUUUUGCCAGUGCUCUGGGCUUACUGAUAGUGAUGGAAAACAGCAAACUUCAAGGUCAAAUUCCAGUUGCUUUCUUCAGCCUUCCUCAGUUGCAGACUCAGUGAUUGAAAAACUGGAUGCUGUUAAUUUAGACUGUGUUACCGGUAAGGUGAUAUUUCGUGACAUCUCAUUCAAUCAUGGUGAGGAUAUGCCUCUUGUAUUAAAUGGGUUGGACCUUCAUAUAAAAGCUGGAGAAACAGUUGCUUUUGUUGGGCCCUCAGGAGGAGGAAAGACAAUGCUUAUGAAACUGCUUCUUCGCAUUUAUGAUCCUCUGUGUGGUUGUAUACUAAUACAUAAUCAUAAAAUCCAAAAUAUUUGGUUGGAAAGUUUAAGGAGCCAUGUUGGGCUGGUCUCUCAGGAUACGGGAUUCGAGGCUUGUAGCUGCUGCUUAUGGGGGCCAAUUUUCAUGUAUUUUAGGAGAGGAAACUUAUCGAAGAGAUCACUCCACAGUAAUGCAGAGAAGUUUGAAUUUCAGGCUAAGGUGUCUCGACUUAUAGACAUCAUUAUCAACUCACUUUACAACAAUAAAGAUAUCUUCUUUAGGAAAUAUAUUUGGCAUCGUAGUGAAUAUAUUUUUGUAUGGAAGACAUGUUUUGGUAUGAUUCUCUGUUUUGUAUGGAAUAAUAUUAUUAUUUUAGGUUGGAGUAUACUUAAUUUGUAUGAAAUUUGA